AUGAUGAAGAUGAAGGUGUUACUCUUGUGCUUCAUCUCAACUACUUUGAUGAUGCUCCUUCUGAGUGUCAGCAAUGCAAAGGCAGCUGGGAAACCAGUGAUGACAUGCAAUCCAUUGGAACUGAGCUCAUGUGCUGAUGCUAUACUUUCAGGUGCUAAUCCUUCUGCUACUUGUUGUGCUAAGUUAAAGCAGCAGCAACCUUGUUUCUGUGAGUACGUUAAGAAGCCAAACUUGAAGGGCUAUAUUAACUCUAAGAAUGGCAGGAAGGUGGCUGACACUUGUAAGGUUCCCAUUCCACGUUGCCCUUGA